UCGUGCAGUCACCGCGGGCCGACUUCCACGCUGCUGGCGGCGCGCGUGGGACACUUUUCUGCCAGCCUUCCGGCCCAUCUACCCAUCAAACUCUCCAGCUAAGCUUUAAUUCUUAUUUAUUUGCCUCCCGGGGACGCUGGAAACGCGGCAGCGCGCCUAAGCUAACCCCCUUUGACUCUCAAACCUUGUCUUUAUCCGCGUUUUGCUUUCAUCCUUCGCAUCUUCGCGCGCUGCGUGGCGAGGAGAGUUCACGUGGGGACCGUUCUCCAAACCGCGAACCGGUUAAGUUAGCUUUAGCAUGGGGGAAGAAAUGGCUACUAUGGCUACUUUGAUUCUGGAGGAUGGAGAAAGGUUUAGGGGCCGACUUUUUGGUGCGAACGUGUCUGUUUCUGGGGAAGUUGUGUUCCAGACGGGCAUGGUGGGCUACCCUGAGGCCCUUACAGACCCCUCCUACCGCUGCCAGAUGCUGACCCUCACUUACCCUCUCAUCGGCAACUACGGCGUACCGGACGACGAGGAGGGGGAGUUUGGAUUGAGCUCGUGGUUUGAAUCUAACAAGAUUCACGCUGCGGCUCUGAUUAUCGGAGAGUUGUCGGAGAAUCCCAGCCACUGGAGUUCGGUGAAGUCGCUCGACCAGUGGCUCAAAGAGCACGGCAUCCCCGGGUUGCAAGGUAUCGACACUCGCUGCCUAACCAAAAAGAUCAGGGAGCGCGGCACCAUGCUGGGGAAACUGGUGGUAGACGGGACUCCGGAGAACAGCGUUCCCUUGGAUAACCCCGAUCAGAGGAACCUGGUCCAGGAGGUGUCCAUGAAGGAGCCACGAGUGUUCAACCCAAGUGGCAGCGUGCGAAUCACGGCGGUCGACUGUGGCAUCAAGUACAAUCAGAUCCGGUGCCUUGCUCAGAGGGGGGCCUGUGUCACUGUGGUGCCGUGGGACCACCCACUGGACCCCAACGAUUUUGACGGUUUGUUCAUCAGCAACGGUCCCGGCGACCCGCGGUUCUGUCAGGCCACCAUCAACAACGUGAGGAAGGUGGUCUGUGUGGAUCAGCCCAAGCCCGUGUUCGGGAUCUGCCUCGGCCACCAGCUGCUCUCUUUGGUCAUUGGAGCAAAAACCUACAAGAUGAAGUACGGUAACCGAGGCCACAACCAGCCGUGCAUCCACAACGGGACGGACCGCUGCUUCAUCACCAGUCAGAACCACGGCUUCGCCGUCGACCCCGACACCCUGCCCAGCGACUGGGACGUCCUCUUCACCAACGCCAACGACCACACCAGCGAGGGCGUCGUGCACAGCACCAAGCCGCUGUUCAGUGUCCAGUUCCACCCUGAGCACAUGGCCGGCCCCACAGAUCUGGUCGGCUUGUUUGACGUUUUCCUCGACGCCGUCAAGGACCACAAAGUGGGCAACGGCAAGAAAUCUGUUAAGCAGCGUUUGAUGGACCACCUUACAUACGCUGGCUCUUCAAAGACGGAGGAGGUCGUCAGGCCCAAGAAGGUCCUCAUCCUGGGCUCUGGAGGCCUCUCCAUCGGCCAGGCCGGGGAGUUUGACUACUCUGGAUCUCAGGCUAUUAAAGCUCUGAAGGAGGAGAAUGUCCAGACCGUGCUGAUCAACCCCAACAUCGCCACUGUACAGACAUCCAAAGGUCUCGCCGACAAAGUCUACUUUCUGCCACUCACACCAGAAUACGUCACUCAGGUGAUCCAAAACGAGCGUCCGGACGGCGUUCUGCUGACGUUCGGCGGUCAGACCGCGCUGAACUGCGGCGUGGAGCUCACCAAGCUGGGCGUCCUGGAGAAGUACAAGGUGAAGGUGCUGGGAACGCCGGUGGCCUCCAUCGAGAUGACCGAGGACCGCAAGAUCUUCGUGGAGAAGAUGGAGGAGAUCAACGAGCACGUCGCUCCCAGUGAAGCGGCUCUGUCAGUGGAGCAGGCGGUUGCUGCUGCUGAGCGUCUGGGUUACCCGGUCCUGGUCCGCUCGGCGUUCGCUCUCGGCGGUCUGGGCUCCGGCUUCGCCAACAACCGAGAGGAGCUCGUCCUGCUGGUGACGUCGGCCCUCGCUCACACCUCUCAGGUGCUGGUGGACAAGUCCCUCAAAGGCUGGAAGGAGAUCGAGUACGAGGUUGUGCGGGACGCCUACGACAACUGCAUCACUGUGUGUAACAUGGAGAACAUCGACCCGCUGGGCAUCCACACGGGGGAAUCCAUCGUGGUGGCCCCCAGUCAGACGCUGAACGACCACGAGUACAACAUGCUGAGAAACACGGCCAUCAAAGUGAUCCGGCACCUCGGCAUCGUGGGGGAGUGCAACAUCCAGUACGCCUUGAACCCCGAAUCCGAUCAGUACUACAUCAUCGAGGUGAACGCCCGGCUGUCCCGCAGCUCUGCGCUGGCCAGUAAGGCCACGGGUUACCCUCUGGCUUAUGUGGCGGCUAAACUGGGCCUGGGAAUCCCGCUGCCACAACUCAAGAAUUCUGUCACCAACUCGACCACAGCCAACUUUGAGCCCAGUCUGGACUACUGUGUGGUGAAGGUGCCGCGAUGGGAUCUCAGCAAGUUCCUUAGGGUUUCUACCAAGAUCGGCAGCUCAAUGAAGAGCGUUGGGGAGGUGAUGGCCAUCGGCCGCAGCUUUGAGGAGGCCUUCCAGAAAGCUCUCCGCAUGGUGGAUGAGAACUGUGUCGGCUUUGACCACACCAUCAAGCCCGUCUCAGAGAAGGAGCUGCAGACUCCCACCGAUAAGCGUAUCUUUGUUUUGGCGGCGGCGUUCAAAGCCGGGUACACGGUGGACCAGCUGUACGAGCUGACGAAGAUCGACCACUGGUUCCUGCACAAGAUGAAAAACAUCGCCGACCACGAGCGGCUGCUGGAGAAAUAUAGCCAGGACGAAGGCACCAUCGCUCCGGAGGAGAUGCGUAAGGCCAAGCAGCUGGGCUUCUCGGACAAGCAGAUAGCGCAGGCCAUACACAGCACCGAGCUGGCGGUCAGAAAGCUGCGUCACGAUUACGGCAUCCUGCCCGUGGUGAAGCAGAUCGACACGGUGGCGGCCGAGUGGCCCGCCUACACCAACUACCUGUACAUGACCUACCACGGCGUGGAGGACGACCUGAGCUUCGGCGAGCAGCACGUCAUGGUCAUCGGCUCGGGCGUGUACCGCAUCGGCAGCAGCGUGGAGUUCGACUGGUGCGCGGUCGGCUGCAUCACGGAGCUCCGCAAGAUGGGCUAUAAGACCAUCAUGGUGAACUACAACCCUGAGACGGUCAGCACAGACUACGACAUGUGCGACCGCCUCUACUUCGACGAGAUCUCCUUCGAGGUGGUGAUGGAUAUCUACGAGAGAGAAAACCCGGAGGGGGUGAUCCUCUCCAUGGGGGGCCAGCUGCCCAACAACAUCGCCAUGUCGCUGCACCGCCAGCAGUGCCGCAUCCUGGGAACGUCGCCGGAGUUCAUCGACAGCGCCGAGAACCGCUUCAAGUUCUCCAGAAUGCUGGACACCAUCGGCAUCAGCCAGCCUCAGUGGAAGGAGCUCUCAGACACGGAGUCUGCCGUGAAGUUCUGUGAGACGGUCGGCUAUCCCUGCCUGGUGCGGCCCUCCUACGUUCUCAGCGGAGCGGCCAUGAACGUGGCGUACAGCGACAGCGACCUGGAGAAAUACCUGACCAGCGCCGCCGCCGUGUCCAAAGAACAUCCUGUCGUCAUCUCCAAGUUCAUACAAGAAGCCAAGGAGAUAGACGUGGACGCGGUGGCCUGCGACGGGGUUGUGAUGGCCAUUGCCAUUUCUGAACACGUGGAGAACGCUGGCGUUCACUCGGGCGACGCCACUUUGGUGACUCCUCCUCAGGACCUCAACCCAAAAACCAUAGAAAGGAUCAUGAUGAUAGUUCACGCCAUCGGCCAGGAGCUGCAGGUCACCGGACCCUUUAACCUGCAGCUGAUCGCCAAGGACGACCUGCUGAAGGUGAUCGAAUGCAACGUCCGAGUUUCCCGCUCCUUCCCCUUUGUAUCAAAGACGCUGGGAGUGGAUCUCGUUGCCCUGGCAACUCAAGUCAUCAUGGGGGUCGAGGUCGAGCCGGUGGGUCUGAUGCGUGGAAAAGGGAUUGUGGGAGUCAAGGUUCCCCAGUUCUCCUUCUCUCGGCUCGCCGGGGCCGAUGUGGUCCUCGGCGUGGAGAUGACCAGCACCGGGGAAGUCGCCUGCUUUGGGGAGAACCGGUACGAGGCUUACCUGAAGGCCAUGCUCUCCACGGGCUUCAAGAUCCCCAAGAAGAACAUCCUGCUCUCCAUCGGCAGCUAUAAGAACAAGAGCGAGCUGCUGCCCACGGUUAAGGCUCUGGAGUCUCUGGGAUACGACCUGUACGCCAGUCUGGGAACGGCUGACUUCUACACAGAACACGGAGUCACGGUGACCGCGGUAGACUGGCCAUUUGAGGAGGAUGAAAGUGACGGUACCACCAAGGAGAGGCAGCGCAGCAUCAUGAACUACCUGGAGGAGAACCACUUUGAGCUGGUCAUCAACCUCUCCAUGAGGAACAGCGGCGGCCGGAGGCUGUCCUCCUUUGUCACCAAGGGGUACAGGACCAGACGAAUGGCUGUGGACUAUUCUGUUCCGCUCAUCAUCGACAUCAAGUGCACCAAGCUCUUCGUUCAGGCUCUUCGUCUGGUUGGUCGGACUCCACCUGUGAAAACUCACGUCGACUGCAUGACAUCCCAAACCCUCGUCCGUCUGCCUGGUCUAAUCGACGUCCACGUUCACCUACGGGAACCCGGCGGCAACUAUAAGGAGGACUUUUCCUCUGGCACGGCCGCUGCUCUGGCAGGAGGUGUGACUCUGGUGUGUGCGAUGCCCAACACGUCCCCCGCCGUCACAGACGCCGCCACCCUGGCGCUGGUACAGAAGCUGGCCAAGGCGGGCUGCCGCUGUGACUACGCCCUGUACGUGGGCGCGUCUUCAGACAACGCCGCCACGCUGCCGUCCGUGGCGACCCAGGCUGCAGGUCUGAAGAUGUACCUGAACGACACGUACUCCACCCUCAAGAUGGACAACGUCUCCCUGUGGAUGGAGCACUUUGAGAACUGGCCCAAGCAGAUGCCCAUCGUAGCUCACGCUGAGAAGCAAACUGUGGCCGCCAUCCUGAUGGUGGCGCAGCUCUACCAGCGUCCGGUCCACAUCUGCCAUGUGGCCAAAAAGGAGGAGAUCCUGGUCAUCCGAGCGGCGAAGCAGAAGGGCAUCCAGGUGACGUGUGAGGUGGCGCCCCAUCACCUCUUCCUGUGCGAGGACAACGUGGCGGACAUCGGAGCGGGGCAAGCGCAGGUCCGACCCUCGCUGGGAACCCGCGAGGACAUGGAGGCACUGUGGAAAAACCUGGACGUGAUAGACUGCUUUGCUACGGAUCACGCUCCUCACACCGUAGAGGAGAAGAACUCGGAGCGUCCUCCUCCUGGUUACCCGGGCCUGGAGACGAUGCUGCCGCUGCUGCUGACCGCCGUCAGCGACGGACGCCUGACUCUGGAUGACAUCAUCAGACGUCUUUACGACAACCCACGCAAGAUUUUCAACCUGCCCGUGCAGGAGAACACCUAUGUGGAGGUUGAUCUGGAGCAAGAGUGGGUCAUUCCUCAGUCCAUGCAGUUCACCAAGUCCAAGUGGACUCCUUUCCAAGGCAUGAAGGUGAAGGGUAAAGUUCUCCGCGUCGUUCUGCGAGGAGAGUUGGCCUACAUCGAUGGACAGGUUCUGGUGCCUCCUGGUUUUGGCGAGGAUGUGAAGAGCUGGCCUGCUGCCUCCGUUCACCCGGCUGAGCCCGUUAAGGACACGCCGCUGUCCCCAGAGCGACCGCGCCCGUCGACUCCGCGUGACGGACCCGUCCGAACCAGACCUCCAAGUCCCAGACGCAUUCCAGGGGAGUCCCGGUUCCUGCUGCCACCGAGGGUCCACCGUUCCUCUGACCCUGGACUACCGCCAGAUUUCACCAUGAUCCCAACCCCCGGCUCUGGGGAAGGUUACAGCCAUCCUCCGCCUCUGUCCAGGCUGCUCUCCCCCUUGUCUGAGUCCAAACAGAUGACUUCCACUCAGGUACAGCACUUCCAGACGUCUCCCCUGCUUCACCCACUGGUGGGCCAGCACAUCCUGACGGUCAACCAGUUCAGCAAAGAGCAGAUGUCUCAUCUUUUUAAUGUUGCCCACAAUCUGCGAUUGUUGGUCCAGAAAGAGCGAAGCCUGGAAAUCUUGAAGGGGAAAGUGAUGGCCUCCAUGUUCUACGAAGUCAGCACGCGCACCAGCAGCUCCUUCGCGGCAGCCAUGCAGCGCCUGGGCGGCUCCGUCGUGCAUUUCAGCGACUCCACCUCCUCCUCCCAAAAGGGCGAGUCGCUGGCCGACUCGGUCCAGACCAUGUGCUGCUACGCCGACGUCGUGGUGCUCAGACACCCGACUCCUGGCGCCGUGGAGACUGCAUCCCGUCACUGCCGUAAGCCGGUGAUCAACGCAGGCGACGGCGUCGGGGAGCACCCCACCCAGGCCCUGCUGGACAUCUUCACCAUCAGGGAGGAGCUCGGCACGGUCAACGGCAUGACGAUCACCAUGGUUGGAGACCUGAAGCACGGCCGCACCGUUCACUCUCUGGCCAAGCUGCUGACCCAGUACCGCAUCACUCUGCGCUACGUGGCGCCUAAGAACCUCCACAUGCCCGCAGAGAUCAUCAACUACGUGGCGUCGAAGGGCAUCAAGCAGGAGGAGUUUGACAGUAUUGAGGAAGCGCUGCCUGAGACGGACGUCCUGUACAUGACCAGGAUCCAGAAGGAGAGGUUUGGGUCUGAGGACGAGUACAAGGCUUGUUUUGGUCAGUUCAUCCUCACGCCUCACAUCAUGACUGUUGCCAAAAAGAAAAUGGUGGUGAUGCAUCCUCUGCCCAGGGUCAACGAAAUCAGCGCGGAGGUGGACACGGACCCCAGAGCUGCAUAUUUCCGUCAGGCUGAGAACGGCAUGUACAUCAGAAUGGCCCUGCUGGCCACCGUACUUGGCAGAUAAAUCCAUCCUUUUGUUUUUUUUUUUUGUUUUUUUUGUAGCACAACUGGUCAAAUUUGGAAGAGCUGCAAUGCAAUAUUACCAUGUUAUUUCCAGACAAUCUGUGAAGAUUUAAAAGAUGACUGGAGAUGGACUGGAGAACCAUGUUUUAGAUUAGAAUUUCAUAUUUCGUCUCUAUGAUGCUGCUUUAAAUGUCCCACUGAUACUUUUCACCUUUUGGUUUAAGAAAAGCGGUUUGUUUUUUUUUGUUUUUUUUGUCCCCAACAUUUCUCAUAAAGAUACUUUAGUGAUUUUUGUUUCGUUUAGCCUUUUUGUGGACCAGGUCGGGGCUGUUAAAGGAAGCUAUGAGGGCAUUCAAAUUAUUUUUUUAUGCAUAUGAAAUGUAUGUUCUGUCGGCUGGAGGAAAACUUUUGCCCCCUUUUUUUUUCUUUACUUUUGCCAAGAAAAGAUUUGUAUGACCCCCUAGGAUGUUAACAAGGGAAGCCCAUCUCUUUAAAUCUUUAGGUUAUAAUAUUACCGGUUCUGCCGUGGCCAAUGUCAGCACCAGAAAUAGUUGUGGAAAAAUGUGUAUUUUUCACUGGAAUAUUCCUUAAACAUACAGCAUCAAUAAAAAUAAAAGCACACAGGUGUUCUUCUACCCUUGCCUGUGUUUAUGGUUAUUUACUGCAUUUGUCAACGCUCUCUUGGACUGUAACCGUUUAGAGAACAACUUUUCUUAGUCCACACGGUGACGUAAGUUGAGUGUUGAAGAACUUGAAAUGCGGAAAAUAAAGAGAUUUUUCCAAAGCA